AUGACAACUAGUCAGAGGAGUGAAAGUAUCAAUUCAUUUUUUGAUGGUUAUGUAAAUACAAAGACUAGGCUUGUGGACUUUGUAUGCCAAUAUGACAAAGCCUUAGCAAAUCGCCGUGCAUCUGAAUCUCGAGAAGACUUUAUGACAUUGAAUAUUGUGCCUGCAAUGUGCCUUCGACAUCCAAUUAAUGUGCAAGUCAGCAAAUUAUAUACUAGGGGGAUCUUCAAAAUAUUCCAAGAUGAGCUUACUAAUGGGUUAUCACUUUUUCAUGAAGAAAUGCUAAAGGAAGAGCCAAAAACAAUUUAUAUAGUUAGUGAUUUUACUGAAGAAAAAGAUAAAUGGGAAGAAGUUACAUAUGACAAAUCUAGCGGGUUUAUGGUCAAAUGCUCUUGUGCACUUUUUGAAACCGAUGGGUUCCUUUGUAGACAUAUAUUGCAUAUCAUAUGGCUUCUUCAGUUGACAGCUAUUCCUGAUAAUUAUAUAUUGCAAAGGUGGAAAAUUGAUGCAAGGCACAAAAACAUUAGAUUUUUUAAUGAUAUGGAUGAAGCAAUGAAGGUAGCAUGGAGCAGUGCGAUAUUAUUAGAUUGUGGGCAAUUCAAGCCAGAAUCAAUGCUACCCUUGAGAUGGCUUCAUGUUUAG